CCCCGGGAGCGGGACGGGCCGUGCCGGGCCGGGGGAGAAAAUGAUCCACAGCCUGUUUCUUAUAAAUUGUUCUGGUGAUAUCUUCUUGGAGAAGCACUGGAAGAGCGUUGUGAGCCAGUCCGUGUGCGAUUAUUUCUUUGAAGCUCAGGAGAAAGCAAUCGAUGUUGAAAAUGUGCCUCCUGUCAUCUCCACUCCACAUCACUACCUCAUCAGCAUCUAUCGGGAUAAAAUCUUCUUUGUGUCUGUCAUACAGACAGAAGUGCCACCACUCUUUGUAAUUGAAUUUCUGCACCGAGUAGCAGAUACUUUCCAGGAUUACUUUGGCGAAUGUUCUGAGACGGCAAUUAAGGACAAUGUAGUAAUUGUGUAUGAACUUCUAGAAGAAAUGCUAGACAAUGGCUUUCCACUGGCAACAGAAUCUAACAUACUGAAGGAGCUGAUUAAGCCUCCCACAAUUUUGCGCUCUGUUGUCAACUCCAUCACAGGCAGUAGUAAUGUGGGAGACACACUUCCCACUGGACAGUUAUCCAACAUUCCUUGGCGCAGAGCAGGAGUCAAAUACACGAACAACGAAGCCUAUUUCGAUGUCAUUGAAGAAAUCGAUGCAAUUAUAGACAAAUCAGGUUCCACAGUCUUUGCAGAAAUCCAAGGUGUUAUUGAUUCGUGUAUUAAGCUCUCAGGAAUGCCAGAUCUUUCUCUGUCUUUCAUGAACCCACGGCUGCUGGACGAUGUCAGCUUCCACCCGUGCAUUCGGUUCAAGCGCUGGGAGUCGGAGCGAGUCCUUUCGUUCAUUCCUCCCGAUGGCAACUUCAGGCUCAUCUCCUACCGCGUCAGUUCCCAGAACUUGGUGGCAAUUCCUGUAUACGUGAAGCACAUGAUCAGUUUUAAGGAAAAUACUUCUUCAGGAAGAUUUGAUGUUACCAUUGGACCAAAACAGAAUAUGGGGAAAACAGUAGAAGGAGUUGUCAUGACAGUUCACAUGCCAAAGGCCGUACUUAACAUGAACCUCACUGCUACACAAGGCAGCUACACAUUUGACCCGGUUACUAAAGUGCUAACAUGGGACGUGGGCAAAAUUACCCCUCAAAAGCUACCAAACCUGAAGGGCAUGGUAAACCUGCAGUCUGGAGCCCCCAAGCCAGAGGAGAACCCAAGUUUAAACAUCCAGUUUAAGAUACAGCAGCUUGCAAUUUCAGGACUGAAAGUGAAUCGCCUAGACAUGUAUGGAGAAAAAUACAAGCCUUUUAAAGGUGUCAAAUAUAUUACAAAAGCAGGAAAAUUCCAAGUCAGGACAUGAGAAGAGGCUAAGAGGAAAUUCCCCUUAAAAAAAUUUGACUGCUUAGUGACUUAUGUUGGUUAGGUGCCAAUUAAUUAAUUAAUAGACACUGAUUAGUUUGGGAUCAAAGCAUUUGUGCACAGCAGCUCUUAAAAUGAAAGCAUAGCUUAGUUUUUCUUAAUAUGGCUUUAAAAUAAGGUACUUUUUUUUCUAUUAUACUUUCACUCUUUUUUUACUGAAUUGUUGUGCUGGUGAAUAGUUUGAUAUGGGCAACCCACAAAAUGUUGCAAACACUACACUGCCAGUCAGAUACCAAAGCCCUGAGGUCAAGCACAUUCUGAAGGCCAGACAGGCCACUGGAAAAGUCUUCUGGUGGCAUAUUUUGCUGCUGGAGCUGCCUGCAAAGAAAGCUCAGUUCCACCCACAGCCAGCUGCAAGCUGGCAUUCCACCAAGCAGCACAUAAGCCCUUCAGAAACAGAGAGCAGCAGUGAGGGGGCAAGGGUCCCCCUGGGGCCUGGGACAUCACAAGUGUCACUCCUGAAAAAGCUUCUGAUGAAGUAAAAAAUAAUUUCUGUGUUGUUUACAAGAAAUCGCCUUUCUUAAGAAGCAUUUGCCUUAAUCAGCUUUCAUUUCUGCCAUCUGCAGAUGAGCUGAUAAAAAUAACAUCCUGCAUUAAAUCUGGGAGGUGAUUGUUGCUUCAGUAAUCCACUUUCUUUCCAUUCAAUCUCAUCAUCCCCAUCAUUUUUUUAAGAAUACAGUUGCAGAGAGUAAGAUCUAUUUUUUAUGUGAAGCCUUUGCUUUGAUUUAGAUGUUCCACUUGUUUGAAGUGGAUGCCACCAGAUCUGUGCAGUGUGUACCUUCAAGCGUAGCUUUUUAGAUAGCACAAUAGAAGCGUCAAGUGUAUUUAAUGGUUGUGUGCUUUAAUGUUCUGAAAUAAAGGGAACUCUGCUGCAAGUAUGUCUCACCUUAUGAAAUGUUCAUGCUCUUGUAAAGGAUUCAUGAUGCUCUUAAGCAGGAGGUAUCUGAUACACUAUUAAACAAUGACUAUUUGCUACAUCUUUACUGAACUUGAUCACUGUGCAGCUGCUUAGAGUUUUAAAAGGCUGUUAGGAGCACAACAGGUAUGGUCCCUUUCAUAUUUCUUAUUUUUAAAUGGAAGACAUUUAUUUGUGAUAUUUCGAAGACUCAACAGUCAGAGCAAAGCUGAACUUCUUGUUAUAUACCAACAAAAACAUCUCCCUAAACCAAUGCAUACUCCAGAGUAGCUAUCAGGUUCCAAACCAUGCAUUUGGUCAGUAUUAAUUAAGGGUGGGAUACUGGAGACCCUCAGUUUCUCUAAUCUGUUACAAAUCAAUGAGUAGGUACUAGCUUUGCUUCAGAUGAAGAGUAGGAACCAAAAAGUCUCUUAGUAGUCAGAAUUUCAAAUACUGGGACAAAAAAUGAUCCGGUCUGGAAAGAGGAGGGGAAGUCCAUCUGAACCCUGGCAGCAAGUCAGUAAGGAAAGAAAUGAGCAUACAGUCUCUAUUUGUAACUUCAGUAAUGUCAUUAGGGUAAACUUGGCCAUAAGCAAUCAUUUGAAAUUCUAAAAUUACGGUAGAUAAAACAGCACUAUGAAGAACCAGCAUCUAGUAAGAUCUAAUAAGUUCUUCCAUUUGUGUAGACACAACCCUGGUUAUCAAAAGCUGCCAACAUUCUAGUCUGCCUUUUUAAAUGGAUCCAUCAAUUCAACACUCAUCCUACAGUUCCACUCUCUGUUUGGGCAAAUGGCAUCCUUCAGGUAAUUGUAGAAGAAAUCAUGUCUUCAGAGGUAACUGGUAACAUCCCAAGCUGAAGCUGCAUUAGCAGCCUGAAAAUGCUGUCCCAUGGCCUUUCAGAGCUGACACCCUUCCUGAGCUAGGACAUGAAGUGUCAGAGCUCCAGUCCUGACCCAGCGCUGCCUCCCGUGUGUGACUGAACAAACCUGCCUGCUCCAGGACCUGGGGCACCAGGGAGCUUGCACAAAAGCUGCUGGCAGGGGAAAGCCCAGCUCAUCACUACAACUCACUGUCAGCAAGAACUGCACUCACCAGUGGGAAACCAGUCUGGGCACGGAGAUGUGUUUUGUCAAGGAAAUGGCUGCAGGUGUGCGAGUCCACUACCUUUUCUUGUACCUGUGCUGGUUCCUUCUGUAUCUCCAAACAGAAGAAGCUCAGCCACAGAAGAGGGCCUGUGUUGUGUUCUGUUUUUAAAAAAAAAGUACCAGCAUCUCUCUGAAGAGAAGAGUUCAGGGAAACAGGAUAUCAUUUGCAAGGAAGUACACUGCCAAGUUUUGAUCUUCCCUCCUCAUGUCCAGCUCUGGGGGUGCUGACAAAGGUGGUUGUCUGUCAGGGUCUCAUCUCCUUUCACAUGUGGAGAGAACUGUGUGAACAGUACAAAACUCUGAAUUCUAUCAAUUAUUACUAAACACCAUGUGCCCUCUGGCACUAUGGGGCUAUGUUUGAUCCUG